AUCAUCGUCUAAUAUUCAUCAAUCGCAAACCUAAUUGAAGAAUUCGCACCUCAAAUGAGCAAAUCAAAACAUUUACCAUAUUUUCAUUUGCACUUUCAGUUCUCUAACUGAUUUCAAUCACCGGCACCAGUACAGAUCUCUUUAGUCACCAUGCCAACCCUAACUUCCUACAUUCAAUUUCGUAUACCUCCGUAGAUCCAUCACUUCAAUUUACACUUGAUUUGCAUCGGUUUUCGAUCGUCGGAAGUUAUGGAUAUCAAGGAGGGAAAGCAUAGCAUCUUAAUGGUAUCUGACUUUUUCUACCCAAAUUUCGGGGGUGUGGAGAAUCACAUCUAUCUCUUAUCACAAUGCUUGCUUAAGCUUGGCCAUAAGGUGGUGGUUAUGACUCAUGCUUAUGCAAACCGUUCUGGUGUGAGGUACAUGACAAAUGGCUUAAAAGUUUAUUACGUACCGUGGAAACCGUUUCUUAUGCAAAAUACAUUGCCAACUUUUUACGGAACACUCCCAAUUAUAAGAACUAUUCUUAUUCGGGAAAAGAUCUCACUAGUUCACGGACAUCAAGCCUUUUCAACCCUUUGUCACGAGGCUCUAAUGCAUGCACGCACGAUGGGUUACAAAGUCAUAUUCACCGAUCAUUCACUGUAUGGUUUUUCUGAUAUUGGAAGCAUUCACAUGAACAAAGUAUUGCAGUUUACUUUAGCAGAUGUGACUCAAGCCAUUUGUGUCUCACAUACAAGUAAAGAAAACACGGUUUUAAGGUCAGGGUUGCCUCCGGAAAAGGUUUUUGUUAUACCAAAUGCUGUGGACACAACUAUGUUCAAGCCCGCUCCAGAGAGACUUAGCAUGGAUCCGAUUGUUAUUGUUGUUAUAAGUAGACUGGUUUAUCGGAAGGGUGCAGAUCUGCUAGUUGAAGUUAUUCCCGAAGUAUGCCAUUUGUAUCCCAAUGUUCGAUUCAUCAUCGGAGGAGAUGGACCCAAGAGAGUAAGACUAGAAGAGAUGAGGGAAAAACACUCGCUUCAAGAUCGAGUUGAUAUGUUAGGUGCGGUCCCACAUGCGAAAGUGAGAUCAGUUUUGAAUUCCGGGCAUAUAUUCUUGAACAGGUUUUUUAACAGUUCUUUAACCGAGGCAUUCUGCAUAGCGAUUCUAGAGGCUGCUAGUUGUGGAUUAUUGACAGUGAGUACACGCGUUGGCGGUGUUCCAGAGGUUCUACCGGAUGAUAUGAUUGUUCUUGCUAAGCCAGAUCCUAGUGAUAUGGUGCAUGCAAUUAAGAAAGCAAUCCGGAUACUUCCUCAUAUUGAUCCACAAGAGAUGCACCGUCGUAUGAAAGAAAUGUACAGCUGGCACGACGUCGCUAAAAGAACAGAAAUCGUGUACGACCGUGCCUUGAGAUGCUCAAAUCAAACCCUCUUGGAAAGACUUCCUCGGUACCUCACAUGUGGUGCAUGGGCAGGCAAGCUUUUCUGUUUGGUGAUGAUCAUUGAUUUCAUAUUAUGGCGAUUGUUACAACUGUGGCAGCCUGAUUCUGAAGUUGAGCCGGUGCCUGAUUUUAAACGGACGGAGCUUAAACGAGGAUAAGAAAAUGACCAUAAUAGUGAUUUUGACGUUGGUUCAUACAUAUGCAUAUACACAUACAUACAUGUAUCUAGAUCUGUAUAUACAUGCAUCAUGUAUGUGUAUACUCUUUUGUUAGAGGUGGUAAUUACAAUCCGCUCGUAUGAAAAA